AUUUUUUAAUACUACAUGCAUGUAAGACGCGUGCUCACUAUUGAAAGAAUUCAGUCUACAUUGUGUAUAUAAUCUUUGGUCUACAUCUUGAGCACUAUGAACUUAAAUACAUAUUUUAAAAUUUACGAAUUUUAAACUCAUCUAAUGGUUAACUGUACGUUAAAAGGGUUGUUGCCUAUAUCGCAUAUGCAAAUACCGCCUUUAUUCGUUGAUAGCAUAGAAAAUAACGUUGAUUGGCAGUAUCUAUUACGCUUAAUAUAUGUAAAUUCACCCUUAUAUUAUUUGCAUUUGUAAGGUUAUGUUUUGAUUUGAUCUGAAUUGUUUGGGUAUUUAUAAAUAGAUUCUUGUAUGUAUUUAAAGUAUGUCUAAACUCCUCAGUUGCAUGACUUAAAUAUUAUUCUUUGUUAAUUCAAUUUCAAUAAUGGAAACUUUGGCAGAAACAAAAUUUUGUAAAUAUUGCAUAGAUAAAUUGGAGUUAUGUGGAGAAGAAGGACUUGAGUGUAUAAUUUGUAAAAAGAGUGUUCAUUUAAAAUGUUUAAAAAGAGGUUCAGUCCCUGGUGGACUUUAUGGGGAUAUAUUUUUUAUAUUUACGUGUUUGGAGUGCUCAGAAAACCAAAGUGAACUUUUCAAAAGAAUAAGAUUGUCCUGGCUUCAAGUAAUAGUAUUAGUUUUAUAUCACUUACAACAUAAAAGUCCAGGAUUAGCAAGGAAAGGAUUUUUUCAUUGGAGACAUCAUGUAGCUACUUUUGUAGACAAAAAUUGGGAAAUUCUGUUUCCAAGUGAUUUCAAAAAAAAGAAAAAAUGGAUGGGAACAAUAGCGGGAACACUCUCACAUUUUAAUAGAUAUAUUUUUUUAUCAGGGAUAUCAGUAUUUAAUGAACCUGCUUUUUGGGCUUUGAUGUAUCCGAAAAUUACUCCAUUCGCCAUAUCAAUUGUCUAUUCCACCAUGGUUACAGAGAAGCAGAAUAUAAAAAACCAGAAAAAAACACCCAUUCCAGAAGCAGAAUUGUUUUAUAAUCUAUUGUGUAGUAUAGUAACUGAAUCGGAACUGCUCCAAAAUUUCAAUAUCAAUAAUUUACUUCAAUCGAAACAAGAACUGAAGCAAGAAGAUGUUGAACUAACGGAUCUAGCAUUAGAAGAUACUCAAAAGGAGGUAAAAUUAAAACAACAGAAUAAAAGAAAAAUUCUAAAAUCUCUUGGGCAGUCCUCGAGAAAAUUAAUGAAACUUGCUACCUCAUCUUCUCCAUUGAUGGACGAUGUUACCCGUUUUACUUUGGAUUUGCAAGAUACCAGCAAUUCUCCUAAUUCAGAUUCAAUUGUCGAAGAGAAACUGCCAAAAGAAAAUUUGAAAUUGUUGGAUCCAUUUUGUCAUUACAACACUUCAUUAAGGAAUCAUUCAAGUAUAAAAAGAGUCUCUCUCCAAACCAAACUUACAGGAGUUGUAAGAGAAGAACUGAUUUUAUCUCCUUACAGUGGUAUUUAUCUAAAGCCGUACAUAUAUACAGACUCGGACGCAGAAACAUUUCCCGCGUGGUUGAAGUUAAUGGCGGAAAUUCAAAUAGCAGCAAAUAAACAUAACAAAGAAUACGUUUUACCACCUCGUGGUCCUAUUGACUACGCUUAUGUUCAGCCCGAACAUAUUCCAGCUAUAAAUAGUCUUUGUAAUCAAUUUUUUUGGCCUGGAAUCGACCUGACAGAAGCUCUACAAUAUCCCGAGUUCAGUUGUGUGGCAUUAUAUAAAAAGCUGAUUAUAGGAUUUGCUUUUCUAGUACCUGAUGUUAAACAUACAGAAAGUUAUAUGUCAUUCUUGUUCACGAGACCUCAUUGGAGAAAUUGUGGCAUUGCGGCAUUUAUGAUCUAUCAUCUUAUACAAGUAAGAAUACAAUACUAGUUUACACAAGGACAUCACCCUUCAUGUAGCAAUGGACAAUCCAGCUUUGUUGUUAUAUCAAAAAUUUGGAUUCAAAGUAGAAAAUGUAGUAUUGAAUUUCUAUGAUAAAUAUUUGAGAAGUGAUGUGAAAGAAUCUAAACACGCAUUUUUUUGUAGAUUAGAAAGAGAUUUUUUAUAAAGUUGCUUUAGAUAAAAUUGAUUAAUAUUUAGAUUAUUGUACUACAUUGUUAAAAAUAAUAAACAACUAUAUUUUUUUAACUAAAUAUUGAAUUACUAAGACUUUGUUAGGCCUUGACGUGAUAAUUUUAAAAUUAAUUCACUCUACAAAGUGUACAUACCUGUAUUACCAGUUCCGGAUGAAGUCAGCACGAGGCAUGCAGCAACUCCCUGUGUUUUUCAUUACUUUUACAAAUCAAGUUGCUUUUUUUAAACUUUUGGUAAUAAAGCAAUUUCAAAUAUAUAUUCUUGUUAGUAAAUGACAUCCAUGAUAAUUGAGAAAGAGCUGCUUGAGCCUAUAGGCCUAGGGUCAAUUAGCUGAUUGGGGAUAGACCAUGAGAAGUGACAAG